GAGCGUAUGCAGCAAAUAUCCGAAACAACGGAAGAAAUUACACCAGAAGAGGAAGUAUGGCGGAAAAAAGAAUUAUUCCGUUGCCCAUGGGGGAUACGAGUCGCUUAAUAACAUAUCUUGAUGACGUUGAAAAAAAUAUUGAAUAUAUUAGAUCCCAGGCUAAUUUCCUGCAGCAAGAACAAUCGAACUUUAUUAUUAUUCUACAGAAACUGAAGGAUGAAUGUCUAACGUGUGUCAUGUCUAAUGCUGACCGUCAACAGCUUUUGGCUAACAUGGAAAGGAUAAAGACACGAAUCGAAUCUGUCCAGAUAACCGUGAACACUGUGAGAAAUACAGACCAGAAAGCUGCAUUAGAAAAAGUGAUGUUACGGUUAGAUGCAAUGGAGACACUGUUGGACGAGAACCCACAGGAUGCCAAGGAGAAGAUAGCCAUCUGUUUCAACACGUGCCUGUCGGAAACGUCGGGGCCCAUCGACAGCAAGUUCCAGAACUAUUUAUUGGAAUGUACUGUUGACGAUCAGAAGCAAGUUCGUAGAAAGUUGGAAUCAUGGCUUAGGACCCUUGAUGAUGCUCAACAUGGCUGAUUAUACAUAUAUAGGCAAACAGACUUCAAUAUACAGCAAUAUUUUACAUACACAUUUGUAUUCUUAUUAAUAAGUAUUACAUUUACAGCAGUGCCCGUAUUUUAAAAAUAUUUAGUGUAAUUUUUGGCAAAUGUCUUUGUUUAGAGACCACCUUAUUCUUUUGUGCUAUAUUAGUACUCAUUUAAGUAACAAGCAGUGAUGAAUCUAGUGUUUGUAUAUCGGUGGCUAUUCUGUAUACAGGGCAGCAA